UACCAUGAUAUCGGAGACAGGCUGUACAUCAAUGCCGCAUGUUUCGUUUGAGUCUGAUCGGGGUUACUAAUUGCGUUAAAACUUCAAGUACACACAGCUACGCACGGGGUUGAAACAACAGUUCGGUAAAUGGCGGCACAUCCAACACUGGCAGUGCGGGAGUAGCUGACAGUUCGGUGGGCUUUAAGCCGGUAGCGAGCGAGUGUUGACAGCGGGUCCGAGUUAGCUUGCUCUGCCCGAGAGUGGGAACGGGAGCACCAAAAACCGCAAAACGAAUCGGACGCAGACGCUCGACAAAAUAACCGGGGCGAACCAGGGUAGUUUUUCUCCACAUGACGGAGCGUACAUCUGUGGAUUGCGGUUCGAGCUGAAUUGGUAUGGAAGGACAGUUGAACGUUUCACACGGACGCGUACUCGUCUCCAAAAAGCGGUUUUUGUUUUGUUUUCGCAAAUUCCGAAAAGACUUUGGGACAUGAUGUGUGGUUUUGUACAGGAAACCCUGCAUUCGCUUGGUACGGGGCCAAACAAUGGCAAACUUGCUGUCAACACUGUCAGCUGUCUGUAUUAUCUUCGGGCUUAUUGGGUUCAUCAGGCACAACACAAUACGGUUCGUCGAUGUUGGGGUGAAAGAACUGACUCGUCUCAUAGGAGCCAACAUCUGUCCGAAAGGGGGGCGUAUUCGGUACACCGGCAAGCGCGUUCUGUAACAGGCAUAACUGAACCUCCUCCUGCUGUCUUCGGGUGUUGGCAGUUUCAAAAAGCAGGGUUCGCGCUGGAAUGAAAGUUACCAACGCCUCGACGGAGCGCCGUACCGCGUCCGAGUACCAGAGUGGCAGCAUAUUUCGUGGCUGUUCGGUGGAAAGUGGUACCGUGGUACCGAUGGCACCAUCGAAGCUGAACUAUCGCAUCUCCGUGCUAACGUUCUUUGCCAAGGCACACCCGAACGAUGAGUGUUGCGGUACGAACGGGCUACCGCUGACGCCAAAUUCGAUCGGCAUCUUUGGCCGUGCACAGCUGCUCAAAUCCGAUGCACUGCGGCACGAAAAUCUGUGCACGUACCUCGAUGCAAUCCGGGGCAAGCAUGAACGGACAAUAAUCGUGCAGGAGUACGUCGGCUGUCCACUGUCGGAAACGUUCAUCGGCGAGAACAAUAAGCAGGAAACGUUGCUGCGCAUCGGGUAUCAGGUGUUGAGUGCGCUGGCCCAUCUUAAUCGGUGCGGACUGGUGUGCCGCAAUCUCGAUCCAAGCAACGUGAUGGUGAGCCGCGAUUUCGGCGUAAAGCUGUACAACUACGGGCUUUACCAUAUGACGUGCGGCGGCCGGUACGUGUCGUUUCCGAUCGGCAAUGUGCGCUACCUUGCGCCCGAGGUACUGCUGGGCAGCCGGGAAAACGUGAAGAGCGAUGUGUGGAGCUUGGGCAUCAUGCUGGCCGAGCUGGCCCUCUGCUGCACGUUCUGGGAGUCGCUGAAGCUGUCCCAGAUCAUACGGAAGGUGCUGAGCCUGGUCAACACGCAGAACGUGUUCGAGAAGAUUGCCCGCGAACACGGCAGGCUAGAGCUGUACGAAUCGAUGGACGCUGGGCUGCGGCGCAUGGUGGAAGCAUUUCUAACCAUCUCACCGAGGAAGCGCCCGUUAGCGAAGGAUGCGCUAGAGGAUCCGGUGUUUGAUUUUGUGCGGCUUAGCAGUACGCCCACGCACGACACCGGUGGACUAACGUUGGUCGAGAAGCAUCUAACCCUUGCCCAGCUGUACUAUCUGUGGCAGCUGGCCGGUGGCGAUGUCCAGCAGGAGCUAAAAAAGGAAGGUCUCAUUAAGAGUGAGGCACCGAUUCUUUCCCUACCGAACCUGGUGAUGCUGAAUGGAAAGUCUAUCUCGCCGCCAAAGAGUCAAAGCUUCCUGCACGAUAAUCGUAUCAUUUUCCUCAACUUCAACACGCUGCUGGAACGGUUGUCCGCCAUUCCGGAGGAGGAUUACUUGCCGCUGAUUUACAGCACGGACGCCUACCUCGAAUCGCCCAUCUUCAAAACCGACCUGCCGCUGGUGAUACGCGAGCGGGACAUGCUCUACCAGUUUCAUCGGAUCGUGCUGCUCAACACGCUGCUCCAGGGUUACCCCUACACGCACGAUCUGUUACGGUCGUUUGCCGCCAAAGAUAUACCGCCCCUGUUCCGGGGUCAGGUAUGGGCCUGCCUGCUCGGCGUGGUGGAGAAUGGGAUGUACGAGCGGUUGGACAAGUGCAGCCCGACGCACACCGAUCGGCAGAUUGAGGUUGACAUACCGAGAUGCCACCAGUACAAUGAGCUACUGUCCGCCCCGGAAGGGCACUCCAAGCUAAAGCGCCUACUGAAGGCGUGGGUGUCGGCCCAUCCGCAGUACGUGUACUGGCAGGGGUUGGACUCGUUGACCGCACCGUUCCUGUACCUUAACUUUAACAACGAGGAACGUGCCUUUCUUAGCCUGUACAAGUUCAUACCGAAGUAUCUGCAUCUGUUCUUCCUGAAGGACAAUUCGUCGAUCAUUAAGGAGUAUCUGGUGAAGUUCUUUCAGCUGAUAUUCUUUCACGAGCCGGCACUCGCCAAACAUCUGCACGGCAUCAACUUCAUACCGGAGCUGUACGCGAUACCGUGGUUUUUAACAAUGUUUAGCCACGUGUUUCCGUUGCACAAGAUAUUUCACCUCUGGGACAAGCUGAUACUGGGCGACAAUUCCUAUCCGCUCUUUAUCGGCAUCGCGAUACUGAAGCAGCUGAAAAGCACACUGCUCAAAUCGGGCUUCAACGAAUGCAUCCUGCUGUUUAGUGAUCUGCCGGACAUUGUGAUUGAAUCGUGCGUUAACGAUUCGGAAAGCAUGUACCAGUUUACGCCGAAAAGUAUCACCUACCGGAAGUACGCCCUGCACGACGAAGGACCAGAAGAGUUUGACCUUAACUACACCGAGACCGAUCUGUGUGAGGUGCAGGCGGAGCUGCAUCCACGCAUUAGCGUGUACGAUCUGAUACGACUGUUGCGCGAUCGUCCCGCCAGUACGGCCAUACUCGACAUACGCAGCAGCCUCGACUACCGGAAGGCGGCGAUCGAGAACAGCAUUAACGUACCGUUCAGCUCGGUCUCGCUGAAGGAGCCACGGCUCGAUGCGCUAAACGUGCCUCGGCUGGAAGCGUAUCUGCGCCGCCAGCCCACCAUCACCGUCAUCGUCAGUGUGUCGCACGAAAAUGCGAUGCUGUUUGCGAAGUUUCUCGUCGACAGUGACGUACCGUACGUGACGGUGCUGCACCGUGGCUUUGAAGCGAUCUACCGCACGGACGACAAGCUGAUGCUGCAAACGUUCGAUUACAUCAAUACGCUCGCCAAACAUCUAACACCAAUCACAUCAUUUGUUGAAUGAGGGGUUUUUCUGCAUUCCUUAAGCCCACCCUAGGCGAUAGCUAGAGGGAGCGGUGGACCUUUGGCGGGGGUUCAAAAAUGCAUUUGUUAGCGUGUCCCAGCUUGCGUAACCCGUUAUUUGGGGAUCAUGGAACCAUGAUGGAUAUAUCUGAACCAUUAUUGAUUAAACAUUAUUGAUAUCUGGUGAGAUGGAGGAAUUUGCCCAUCGCGGCAUUGAAGCUAUGAUUAUGUUUCCUGACCCUACGCUACCUCGAACAACACGUUUGAGUAGGAGAGUAAAUCAUACACAUCACUUGCUAGCAAAAGACUCUUUAUAAUAGACCUGCUCAGUUUUGCUUUUGUUUUUAGGCCGCAGCACAGUAGUAAAAGCGUUAAACGAUAGCAAUAUUGAUAUCGCUACCAGAUAGCAAACAAAGCCUUCGCCAACCUAGCCUCGAAAAUGAGCCGGACAACUUCACCGUGCACUCAAAGCUCAGCAGUAAGCCAGUGCUAUCCUUUCACUCAACAAGCUCAACACAGAUAUAGGUAACUGCCGACUUGACUACGCUCAUCCGGUAUAUAGCUAUAACCUGCAAAUCAGCACCAAACGGAGAUUGUGGACAAUGUGCAAUAGUAUUUAAAGAAAACAAUACUCUAUACAGAAUCAAUGCAGUGCUGCUGCUGCUGCUGCUGCUGAUAUGCUUAACCAGAUACUCACCGAAUAAUACCAAAAAAAACCAUUGAAAAUAGUCAAUUUCUUGUAAACAAAACAAAAACCAAGGGUGGCGCCAUUUUGUUUCGAGCGGAUGAAAGCUUAUUAAAAUUUGAAUUAAAA